AUGACCCUUGACCAUCAGAUUCUCAGUCAGACUCUGAAACGACCUUGCCCUCCAGCACCAAGCAGUGUUCUUCCUCUUCUUCCAGUUAGGCAUGGAAACCUGUCUCCCCACAGUGACGUGGGCCUCAUCAGAAGUCCAUUUACCACACUGCUAACACUUGGGGAAGAAGAUGACAACGUGGAGUGGCAUGUGGAGGAGCUUAUUGAGGAUGUGAUCAGUAUGGAAGCAAGUUUUAAAGAGGAAGGAACAGAUUCUCCUCUGCUAAUGCAAAGAACAUUAUCUGGAAGUAUUUUGGAUGUAUAUAACGGGGAGCAGGGAAUUUCACCAGCUAAUAUGGGACUUACGAGUGCUUCUUGUCCAAGUACUUUACCAAUGAAAAGAGAAAUUACAGAAACAGAUACUCGAGCUUUGGCGAAAGAGAGGCAAAAAAAGGACAACCACAAUCUUAUUGAAAGAAGAAGAAGGUAUAAUAUUAAUUACCGAAUUAAGGAGCUUGGCACUCUUAUUCCAAGGUCUAAUGAUCCUGAUAUGCGCUGGAACAAAGGGACCAUUCUAAAAGCAUCCGUGGAGUACGUCAAGUGGCUACAAAAAGAACAACAGAGAGCUCGAGAAUUAGAACACAGACAGAGGAAAUUAGAGCAAGCUAACAGGCGCCUUCUCCUUCGGAUUCAGGAGCUAGAAAUCCAGGCCCGUGCGCACGGUUUGCCAACCCUGGCUUCUCUCGGCACAGUUGACUUGGGUGCUCCGGUCCCCAAACUGCAGACUCAUCCUGAGCAGAAUCCAGGAGACUACUGCCAGCAACUGCCCCUGGUUCAUGGACCAAGCCCUGAGCUCUGUGAUCAAACCAUGGCCUUCUCGGAUCCUUUGUCACACUUCACUGAUUUAUCAUUUAGUGCCUCUUUGAAAGAGGAACAAAGAUUGGAUGUUAUGUUGCUGGAUGACACAAUAUCCCCAUUUGGAACAGAUCCUCUGCUGUCUGCCACUUCCCCUGCAGUUUCCAAAGAGAGCAGCAGAAGUAGUUGUAGUUCAGAUGAUGGUGACAGGUUAUAA